AUGUACCUCGGUUUGCCAUUGGCGCCACCAUACUUAUCUCCUUUAUCCGUCGGCCAAAAUGUCUUGAGAGGGCUUAACUAUGCAUCUGCAGCAGCUGGGAUUCUAGACGAAACUGGUCAACAUUAUGGAGCAAGAACUACACUUAAUGGACAAAUAUCACAGUUUGAGACAACGAUUGAGUUAAAGCUCCGGCCAUUCUUCCAAAACCCUGCAGAUCUGAGGAAGUAUCUUGCGAAAUCGAUCAUUGGGAUCAGUAUAGGAAGCAAUGAUUACAUCAACAACUACCUUUUGCCUGAGAGAUACUCAAGCAGCCAAAUCUACAGUGGAGAAGACUAUGCAGAUCUCCUAAUCAAGACUCUCUCAGCUCAAAUAACAAGACUAUACAACUUAGGUGCAAGAAAAAUCAUGUUAGCUGGGUCAGGACCAUUAGGUUGCAUACCGAGUCAGUUAUCUAUGGUAAGCGGCAAGAACAACACCGGGUGUGUGACAAAGAUCAACAAUUUGGUUUCCAUGUUCAAUAGCCGACUGAAAGAUCUACCAAAUACUCUCAACACAACUCUUCCAGGAGCUUUCUUUGUCUAUCAAAACAUCUAUGAUCUCUUUCAUGACAUGGUUAUGAAUCCCACUAGAUAUGGUCUUGUUAUACCAGACAAAGCCUGCUGCGGUAACGGGAGAUAUGGAGGAGCCUUAACAUGCCUCCCUCUGCAGCAACCGUGCUUGAAUAGGCAUCAAUAUGUCUUCUGGGAUGCAUUUCAUCCAACAGAAAUUGCCAACAAAAUCAUAGCUGAAAACACCUUCAGUGAGUCUGCAAAAUACUCUUACCCUAUCAGUAUCUAUGAGUUGGCUAAACUGUAG